ACUGCGCAUUCUCUGUAAAGUGAAGCAAGCUGCUGCUGCUCGUUCUUUAAUUUUUCUAUCCUUGUUCUUUGUCUUGUUCGGCCGUAUAAAUUCAUCCAAUUAUUGUAAAAAAAAAAACAAGUCUCAUUUCGGCAUGAUGCAAAUGAACGCGAUAUUUCAUCUAAAAAUUGCAUAAUUUGUGAUCCUAAAAGAAAUAAAAAUAAAUAAUUUUGCAAAAAGCCACUCUCGCGAUAUCAAAAAGUGCAACAGUGCCUGACGUGGAUCAAAAGGCAUGCCGAGGAGCAAAUCUGAAUUCUGCUAGUAUUUUGGGGAAAGAUGCACACAAAACAGAUUUCACCAAUUCGGUAACAAAUAAAGAAAUAAUGAAUAAAAGUAAAAUGUUUAAUUAUGAGCAUUUUGUCGCCGGUUUAUCUGGUGGCACAAUUUCAACUAUGCUCCUACAUCCAUUGGAUCUAUUGAAAAUUAGAUUUGCAGUCAAUGAUGGGAUGAUACGAACUAUUCCCAAAUACGGUGGUCUUGUAAGUGGCAUACAGGACAUCGUUAAAACAGAGGGAAUUCGUGGUCUUUAUAGAGGUGUUUCGCCCAAUAUGUUGGGAUCGGGAGCAUCUUGGGGACUCUAUUUAUUUUUCUACAGAACCAUAAAAAAUCGAUUGCAAGAUGGUGAUCCAAAUAAAAUUAUUGGCGUGAAAAUGAGUUUAUUUGCGACUGCUCAAGCUGGUAUAUUUACAAAUCUUAUAACAAAUCCAUUGUGGGUCAUUAAAACGCGAAUGUGCUUACAAUAUUCUGGUGAUAAUGCUCUACCCGAGUCACGUAGAUAUUCAGGAAUAAUAGAUGCAGUUCGAAAAAUUUUCAAAACUGAGGGAUUUAAGGGCUUUUAUAAAGGUUUAGUUCCUGGAAUGUUUGGUGUAACACAUGGAUGCAUUCAAUUUGUUAUUUAUGAAGAAUCAAAACUUAGGUACAAUAUUUAUAAAGGAAUGCCACUAGACACAAAAUUAGGCUACGUGAGCAAUGUGAUAUUUGCGGCAUUGUCAAAAUUUGUAGCAGCUAUUUGCACUUAUCCCUAUCAAGUUGUCAGGACUCGAUUACAGGAUCAACAUCACGACUAUAGAGGAACAGUGGAUUGCAUUAACAGGACAUGGAGGUUUGAAGGUUGGCGCGGCUUUUACAAGGGUUUGAGUAUGAAUCUAAUAAGAGUAAUCCCAGCAACUGUCGUCACUCUUGUUGUCUAUGAAAAUGUGUCGCAUCUCCUAUUAGGCUUGAGGAAACCUAAUGUUAUCGAAGGGACAUCAACAAAUACACUUAAAAAUAAUAAAGAGAAAUUAGUGGAAUCAUAAAAUCUCUCUUCUCAGGAUAACAAUGGCUUAUGAUUUUUAAAUAUAGUAGAAGAAAGAGAAUGAAUUUUAAAAAGUCGCAAAUUAUUUUAUUUUGUGAAUAGAAAAAAAAAGAAAAGAUAUUCUUAAUUAUAUUAGUUUAAUAAAAAAAAUAAGUCUUAA